AUGGCUCCUCCAUUCUCAGGCCACAUGGAUGGUCCAUUGAUGUGUGAUGAUCACGUUCUGGAGCGCACCCUUGAUCAUAGCUCGGGCAAGUAUCUCCCAUUACUGAAUGAAUACGCCAUGGCCUUGCCUUGCUACACCCGAUCUCCUCCGGUAAAUGAGUCGACGCCAGGGCUGUUCAAUUCCAGAUUCCAUAUGGGCUGGGGGGCUAUUCAAAUAGGGAUAGUUCGUUGUCGUUCCCCUCCGGGAGCUCAAUUUGAUAUGUUCUCCAGCGCCCCCUCCUGGCCUUGA